UGUGAAUCUUAACAAUAUAAUCUACUCGGUUCUCAAAUCAUAUUAAGCUAUAUCAGAUAUGAAACAUCCUAGGUAGAAAUCCCUGAUAAUGUGCCAGCAUGAGGGGCAGCUAACAGUAUGAAAGCUCCACCCUGUUACUAUGUGACUGCCAAGUGGUUUUCGCUUUCUCCAUCCUUGUAUUAUCUAGGAGUAAACAGAGUGGAGCAGAUAAGGCCAGCGGGUGAGAGGAGUCAUACAAAGCAUCUAUUGAUUUAUAGAAGAGCGAAGCCCAAUGGAUGUGCAACACCGAGAGGUUUUUCUGGUCUGGAAAUCAGAAAGUUGCUGGAGGAAGUAGUCAACACACCCCCCCCCCCCCCCCCUCAGUCACAGCAUCUGUGCCUGCAUCUAUCAAAAGAUAAUGGCGUCAGCAUUGAUCAUUUCCAACCUCACACAGGAAUGGCUGGAGAGUCUGCGGCAGUGGCACCUAGAGUACUUUUUCAUCCCCACCACAGUGAUCACUGUUGCCACCUUGCUAGCCAACCCUGUUCUCGUGUCAUGCAUUUUCCAGUCUCGAGCCUUGCGUCAGGAGACACGUUACCUGCUGGUGGCCAACACCCUGACAGCAGACAUACUCUACCUCAUCCUCAACAUGGCCACCAUCAUCUGUAACGCUGUGAGAGUUCCAAUCCCCUGGCUUGUUUGUGAGCUGGUCACAGCCAUCACUGUCACCACCUACUGCUGUGCCAUCCUCACCGUCACCCUCAUGGUGGUCGACACCUACGUUGCAGUUCGCUGGCCUCUCCGUUAUCAUGAUGUUCUUCCACCUGCCCGCACCCACCGCAUACUGGUGGGGGUGUGGGUGCUGGCGGCUCUGUACCCUUUCACCCUGCUGAUCAUGAUGGAGAUGGAGAAGGGGAAUCCCCAUGAGGUUGCUUUUUGUCUGGCCCUCAUCUCCCUCGGCUUUUUUCAGGUCAAUAACUUGGAGGGGGUCCACAUCUACUUCUUUGUAGCUGCACUCAUCUGUGCUUUACUUAUUUUCGUGUGCUACAUUCAGCUCUACAUGGUAACAAGGACGUAUGGUAUUUGGCACAGCCGCUUCUCCAGGGCCCGGGUCACGCUGCUAGCUCACGGGGUUCUGCUCCUGCUCUACUUUGCCCCCGGCUUUGUUUUCACCCUGGAGCUCUUCCUUUUCCAGGAGAAAGCCAUAAGUCAGGAUGUUCGUGUGUGGAUCAGCACUGUCAAUAUGUCUGUUUUCAUGUUGCUGCCCAGGGCUUUUGCUCCAUACCUGUACGGGCUGAGGUACAGGGAGAUCUCUAAAACUUUAAUGCAGCUGCUGCACCCGCACCAGAGACUUGGCCAGACCACAGUUUCUUGAAGACAUCACCAACUUUACAUUUUUCAAAUUUCUCUAAUGGAUUUGGUUUAAUAUUCAUAUUUACUGUUUUCUCAAGUCCUACACAACAAACAAAUAUGUGUCUGCAAGGACAGUAGCCAGGAUGAGUCUACAUUUCUUAUUUAUUUUGACUAGCAAGCACUUUUUUUCCGCAUGUCUUAUAUUAAUUUAACAUAAUAAUAGAUUGUUGGUGUAAACUGUCUUCUGUUUCAAAACAAUCAACAAAUAAACACUAUAAUUCCUUCAUUGUAACUAAGUUUUUGAUAACAGUAGUCAAAUAAAGCAAUACAAAACAAAACAAUUGGAACAUAAUCUCUUCCUCAGCUUGUUAAAAUCCCCACAUUCACAGAAACAAUACAUGAGCUACAGUCCUGGUUGUUCCCCUGUCCCUGUUUUCCAUCACCUUUAACUGAAGCACCAUCUUAAUUCUUGUUUUUUCUUCUAAAAAAAUACAUAUUAUGGCUACACUAAUUGUACACUGGAAACCCGACAUUACUGCUGUUUGGAUCAAAAUAAAACAAUGCUGAACUCCCUUGUUUUAAAA